UUGCCCGGGCCUCGGCCGGGGUGCUGGGGCGCUGGGUCCCCGGGUCCCCCGGAGCUUCGGAGGGCCUGACUGGAGGAAGGGAUUGCAGCUCUAGGGACUGGAUGGGGCGCCCUCAGCCCCUCCUUCGGCAGCUGUCCCGGGUUAGGCUGGGUGGGGGCCGCCUCGGACCCAGCUCUGGGCUGGUUUCCCCACAUCUUACUCUUGCUGGAGGGAGGGGAGGGCUGGUGGUGUGGGGCCUGGGCUGAGGAUGGCACCCUGGACACUGAGGGAGGACACCAUCUGGCCCUGGGACUGGCAGCCCUGCAGGGAGCUGUCCUGUCGGGGCACCGGGCUUUGGCUGCCCGAGUCAGCGCCCUUCCACGCGGCCCACCGACUUUGAGCCCUGAGUUCCCUGAGGGUGAGGGCAGGAGAAUCCCAGGGAAGAGGCCUGGGCCACUCGCUGGUGGCUGGGACAGAGUCCUGGCUCCACUCCCGCAGGGCGAAUCGGCCCGGAGCCAGGGCCCCUGGCAAGGCCGCUCUGGUUCCAAUUGUGCCGGGUGGCGGCAGAGCCAGGACAAAGGAGGCCUGUUGAGGCCCUGGCCACCCCUCCCCAGCUGGCCUCCCUGGGAUGAUGGAAUUCGGGACAGCGGGUCUUCUGAGAACAGAAGGACCUUGGAGCCCCGCUGGGGGUGGUGGGAGGGACACCGUGUGGGGGAGGAGCGUCCUGUCUGCUGCUUCCGCCUGGGGCUGGGGUGAGGGCUCCAGCAGCUGAGUUCCUGCUAGAGGAAGUGCUUUGGGGUCACAGGGCAGACGCAGAGGCCUCCAGCCUGUCCUGCCUUUUCUCUCCAAAGAGGAGAUGGGCAGCAAGAGGCUCCGGAGGCGGCGUCCAGGCUCUGAGCUGGCCUAGGUCCGCAGACUGGCGGGGUGUUGGCCAUGGACACAGCCCAGCCACCGCCCUUUGUCCUCGAUGUCCCUGAGACCCCAGGGGACCAGGGCAGCCGGGAGCCCAGUCCCUAUGAUGAGAGCGAGGUGCACGACUCCUUCCACCAGCUCAUCCAAGAGCAGAGCAGGUGGGCUGCCCAGGAGGGGCUGGAGCUGCAGCAGAGAGCGAGGGGGGCCGCAGGGAGUGGCCUGCACACACUGUCGGGGUCUGAGGGCGCCCACAGCACGGCCACCCUCCGCAUCCUGGCCAGCAUGCCCAGCCGCACCAUUGGCCGCAGCCGGGGUGCCAUCAUCUCCCAGUACUACAACCGCACGGUGCAGCUUCGGCGCCGGAGCAGCCGGCCCCUGCUGGGGAACUUGGUGCGCUCUGCCCGGCCCAGCCUCCGCAUGUACGACCUGGAGCUGGACCCCAGGGCCCAGGAGGAGGAGGAGAAGCAGAGCCUCCUGGUGAAGGAGCUCCAGAGCCUGGCAGUGGCGCAGCGGGACCACAUGCUUCGAGGGAUGCCCUUAAGCCUGGCUGAGAAACGCAGCCUGCGAGAGAAGAGCCAGACCCCGAGGGGGAAGUGGAGGGGCCAGCGGGGCCACGGCGGCGUCUGCUCCUGCUGUGGCUGGCUCAGAUAUGCCUGCGUGCUGACCUUGCACAGCCUGGGGCUGGCGCUGCUCUCCAGCCUGCAGGCUCUGACGCCGUGGCGCUACGCCCUGAAGCGCAUCGGGGGCCAGUUCGGCUCCAGCGUGCUCUCCUACUUCCUCUUUCUCAAGACGCUGCUGGCUUUCAAUGCCCUCCUGCUGCUGCUGCUGCUGGCUUUCAUCGUGGGCCCGCAGGCUGCCUUCCCGCCCGCCCUGCCGGGCCCCGUCCCCGUCUGCACGGGCCUGGAGCUCCUCACAGGCGCGGGCUGCUUCACCCACACUGUCAUGUACUACGGCCACUACAGUAAUGCCACGCUGAACCAGCCAUGUGGUGGACCUCUGGAGGGUGGCCGGUGCUCACCCAGGGCGAGUGGCCUGCCCUACAACAUGCCCCUGGCCUACCUCUUCACCGUGGGCGUGGGCUUCUUCAUCACCUGCAUCACCCUGGUAUACAGCAUGGCUCACUCUUUCGGGGAGAGCUACCGGGUGGGCAGCACCUCUGGCAUCCACGCCAUCACCGUCUUCUGCUCCUGGGACUACAAGGUGACGCAGAAGUGGGCCUCCCGCCUCCAGCAGGACAACAUUCGCACCCGGCUGAAGGAGCUUCUGGCCGAGUGGCAGCUGCGGCAGAGCCCCAGGAGCGUGUGCAGGAGGCUGCGGCAGGUGGCCACACUGGGGCUCGUGUGGCUGCUGUGUCUGGGGACCGCGCUCGGCUGCGCUGUGGCCGUCCACGUCUUCUCGGAGUUCAUGAUCCAGAGUCUGGAGGCUGCUGGCCAGGAGGCCGCGCUGCUGGUCCUGCCCCUGGUGGUGGGCCUUCUCAACCUGGGGUCCCCCUACCUGUGCCGCAUCCUGGCUGCCCUGGAGCCACAUGACUCCCCGGUGCUGGAGGUGUACGUGGCCAUCUGUAGGAACCUCAUCCUCAAGCUGGCCAUCCUAGGGACACUGUGCUACCGCUGGCUGGGCCGCAGGGUGGGCGUGCUGCGGGGCCAGUGCUGGGAGGACUCAGUGGGCCAGGAGCUGUACCGGUUCCUGGUGAUGGACUUCGUCCUCACGCUGCUGGACACGCUUUUUGGGGAACUGGUGUGGAGGAUUAUCUCCGAGAAGAAGCUGAAGAGGAGGCGGAAGCCUGAGUUUGACAUUGCCCGGAAUGUGCUGGAGCUGAUUUACGGGCAGACUCUGACCUGGCUGGGGGUGCUCUUCUCGCCCCUCCUUCCCGCUGUGCAGAUCAUCAAGCUGCUGCUCGUCUUCUACAUCAAGAAGACCAGCCUUCUGGCCAACUGCCAGGCGCCGCGGCGGCCGUGGCUGGCCUCGCACAUGAGCACCGUCUUCCUCACGCUGCUCUGCUUCCCCGCCUUCCUGGGCGCCGCUGUCUUCCUCUGCUACGCUGUCUGGCAGGUGAAGCCCUCAGACAUCUGUGGCCCCUUCCGGACCCUGGACACCAUGUACGAGGCCGGCAGGGUGUGGGUGCGUCACCUGGAGGCGGCGGGCCCCAGGGUCUCCUGGCUGCCCUGGGUGCAUCGGUACCUGGUGGAAAACACCUUCUUCGUCUUCCUGGUGUCUGCGCUGCUGCUGGCCGUGAUCUAUCUCAACAUCCAGGUGGUGCGGGGCCAGCGAAAGGUCAUCUGCCUGCUCAAGGAGCAGAUCAGCAACGAGGGGGAGGACAAAAUCUUCUUAAUCAACAAGCUUCACUCCAUCUACGAGAAGAAGGAGAGGGAGGAGAGGAGCAGGGUUAGGACGAGCCAGGCUGUGGUACCUCCUACCCUGCUCACAGAUGAACGGGAUGCCUAGGGGAUGGGGAUGGGCCUCGAGGGCCCGCCCAGCACCCUGAGACCACACUGGUGUCUCCCAGUGACCCCGCCGGAUACCAGGACCAGGAAGUCACUCUGCCUCUCCUCUUGAAAGCUAGGCUGGAGCUAGAAGGCUGGGUGAAUCUGGCUUGGGCACCCCCAGUGAACUCUUCCCUGUGACUGUUUAUUCCGAUUAAACGCGUUGUGCAGGUGG